AUGGUUAAUUAUGUUUCAAUACUUAUCAAGAAUGGUACAGUAACCAAUGAUGAUCAUCAAUGUAAAUCAGAUGUAUUAAUCAUUGAUGGAAAGAUUAAAGAUGUCGGUUUGAAUCUAGUUGCUCCUGCUGGAGUACAAGUAGUUGAUGCUACUGAUAAGUUGGUCAUCCCUGGUGGUAUUGAUCCACAUACUCACUUUCAAUUACCAUUCAUGGGAACAGUUGCAGUAGAUGAUUUUAAUAUUGGUACACAAGCAGCUGUUUCAGGAGGAACUACAUUUGUAAUUGAUUUUGUCAUUCCAACCAAAGGACAAAGUUUGUUGGAAGCAUACGACCAAUGGAGAUCAUGGGCUGACCCCAAGGUCAACCACGACUAUGGAUUACACGUUGCUAUCACAUGGUGGGGCGAGCAGGUCAGUCGUGAGAUGGAGAUUUUGGUCAAGGAACGUGGUGUCAGCAGCUUCAAGGUGUUUAUGGCCUACAAGAACGCAUUCAUGGUCAACGACGAAGAGAUGUAUCAUAUUUUCAAGAGAUGUAAAGAGUUGGGAGCUUUGGCCCAAGUUCAUGCCGAGAAUGGUGAUCUCGUGCUCGAGGGACAAAAGAAGAUUUUGGCAAUGGGUAUCACUGGUCCUGAAGGCCACGAGCUUUCCAGACCAGAAGAGUUGGAGGCUGAAGCAACCAAUCGUGCCAUCACUAUUGCCAACAGUGUCAACACACCAGUCUAUAUCGUUCACGUCAUGAGCAAGGGUGCUGCCGAAGUCAUCCGUCAUCACCGUGGAAAGGGUCAUCGUGUUUUUGGUGAGCCUAUUGCUGCCGGUCUCGGUGUUGAUGGUCAACAAUGCUGGAAUCACGAUUGGAGACAUGCUGCUGCCUAUGUCAUGGGUCCACCAAUCCGUCCAGACCCAACCACCAAAGAGUACUUGAUGGACAUGUUGGCAACUGGCGACCUCCAUUGCGUCGGAACUGACAAUUGCACAUUCUGCGCCGACCAAAAGGCUAUGGGCAAGGACGACUUUACCCGUAUUCCAAAUGGUGUCAAUGGUGUCGAGGAUCGUAUGUCGAUCGUUUGGGAAAAGGGUGUCAACACUGGAAAGUUGACUGCUUGCGAUUUUGUCCGUGUCACAUCGACCGCUGCCGCCAAGAUCUUUAAUGUCUACCCACAAAAGGGUCGCAUUGCCAUUGGAUGUGAUGGUGAUGUUGUUCUUUGGGAUCCAAAGGCCACCAAGACCAUCUCGGCCGCUACCCAUCACCACGCCGUCGACUUUAACAUCUUUGAAGGUAUGAAGGUCACUGGUUUGGCCGAUACCACCAUUGUCGCCGGUAAGAUUGUUUGGAGCAACAACAAAUUACAAACUGUCCAAGGCAGUGGAAAAUACAUUGAAAGUACCGCUUUUGGACAUCCAUUCCUCGGUAUUGAAACACGUGACAUUGCUCGUAAUGAACUCUUGUUCAAGGUUGAACGUGAACCUUAUACUGGUCCAGUUAUUGAUUUAUCUAAAAAAUAA